AUGGCCCAAUGGAUUUCGCCAUUCACUGUAUUGUUGUUUAUGCACAACCUCAAAAGGACAGCCACACAGAUAGAGUGUAACACUAUGCACCUAUUCGAGUUCUUUCUAACGUAUUCCAACGUCACAAAUGAUGAUUAUGCGGCUGUAGGCAUGGCUUACCAUUCGCAACAGACCGAGACUCCCCAGUGGAUAGCGUAUACAGUCCGUCAGCCCAUCAUAAUUUCCAGUGUAAUCACUAUGGAUAUCGUGACUGGGAGGAAGUUACAAAGCUGCCAGGUCCGUAAGAACAAUGCUGAAUUUUGUUGUAUACUCAGUGAACAGCCACAAGGAGACCACGAUCCUCCUCAAUGCACCGAUGACGUCUUAGUCUAUAACACCAAUUACGAGGAGUUGGAAUAUGAUGUGAUAUAUAAGAAACGGCAGGGCAAGAUUGAUUUUGCUAGAUCGUUUAUUCGCUUCGACUUGGAAACACCAAAAGGGCUGGUUAGUUACAUGUCGAAUCACGAAGGCAGAGAUGGUCGGGUGGUCUGUCCGCAGUUCGCGCAGCGAUACUGGAGCCAACCACCAGAGCUGGCCGAUUGGUUAACAAAUGCACCGAAUCCUGGCUUUAUUAACUGGGGUAACCUGGUGCCAGCUGUGCCAGUUGUAGAAUUCAAUCAAGUGCAUAUACGAGUGUUCGGAUUUGCCACCACAGAUCACAUUUACCGAGCUUGGCAAAUCAGUUAUAACCCACUAUAUAAAGACUUUCAAAUGACGAAAAUCCCAUGGACUAUGGAUACCGACCUAGAUACAGAAGAUGGUCUGAUGGGACAAUUGACACGAGCCAUUCAGUGGCAUCCAAACUACCGUCAGAACCUACGUGGGUGGAGAAGUACUUUUCAAGUUAAGCGACAUGCACGUGCCUUCGUGCUCCUUCUCAGUGAAUCACUUGAGAUGGACGAAGAAAUUAAUCAGUUGAUGCAGGCGUGGAUCGUGCUAGGCAACAAAGGGAAGAAAUUUGUUUGGCCAGAUACGUUACAAUCACCUGCUAUUCGUAUUGUUGGACUGAGAGUGAUGAGAAAGGCAGUGUUGCAAGAAGGGGAGACCAAAAUAUUUUGGGCUGAAAAGGAGCACAUCCGCGCAGAUUCAAAAGUAACAUGUUACAAACGUCAAAAUUUCACACACCAGUAUGCAAUGACAAAGCGUGUUAUUGUCAGUCCUGGCACACCGUAUUUUGAAAUUCGAAAUCUGACCAUCUCGGAUAGUGGAAUGUACAAGUGUAUUGCAACCUCAGAGAAGUCUCCCGAGUACCAGUUUUUCUCAGACUACUACAUCAUUGUCCUACCUCGUGAAAUGGAUGUACAGAACUACCUGACGCAAAGACCACUGAAAACGACAGAUCCCGUUGAGGACAACUAUCAGUACGUAGACGUGAUGAAUCGAUCAUAUUUUAUCGGUAACAAUCCUAUAUAUGUCAAUUGUGUUUAUUUACUAUCCACCGGUCUGGACAACUACAACGGCUACCGAACGUAUCGUGAUGGAGAGGCACUGGCGUCGUCCAAAAUGAUAAGUGAAUUCCAUCGAUAUUAUGCAACACUCAUUCUGACAGUAAGGACAUUUGAAAUGCUACCAGACCGCUCAAGUGAUCCGGUCACCACGAAGGUGACGUGCGCUCACCACUACAAACCCGAUCUGGACACUGUAAAGCAAUAUCCACUGGUGCCAACUCAACUGACUCACAUUAACAAAACGCGAACAUUGGUUACAGCGGGACACAGACCGCCUCUUAUUGUGACCGCGUCCAUCUGGACCAACAACCCGGACUUAACGGAGCACCUGCGGAUGUCAACACUUACUCUAGAUGAUCUGUACGGAAUACCACAUCCGCAGAUUCCAUGGAGCAAGGUGGCAGUUGGUGUGGUAAGUGGAUCCUUCAUCGCGUUGGUCAGUGCCAGGGGCGGUUGGGGAUCCGUGUCCAUGUGUGUCAGAGACACGCAACAGCAACAGCUGCAUCGGUGGCCGUGCGCUUUGACAACCUCAUUACUGACAUUGUGGGCAAACGACCCACUUCUGACGGAGCCGGAACUAACGCAAUCACACACUCUGGUCGCCAUGAGGUUCCAGUUUGAGUGCAUAAUGGCAAUGGGUCGGGAGAGCUUGAUUUUUGGGGUGUAUAACCCGAAGAAAGACAAUGUGAACAUGACACUGGUGGAGCAAAUCACUCAUGAUCAAAUCGAAGCGAUACUCACCCAGCAUUAUGGCGAGGAGAGCAGAUUUGGAGUGGACAGGCGUGGGGAAGUAUCUGCCACAUUUAGAUUAGUUCGACUACUAGUCAGAUGGCAUGGAACCGUCUAUCCGGGUGCGACAGUUAAAUUGAGUUGGCGCUCAGCGCAGCAUAAGACGGAAGAAUUGAAAUGCUUCUAUAGCAUAGACGAAACGGCAACGCUGGUGGAACUUGGGGCUGAAUUCAAAUAUAGCUUGGAGAACGCUGAAUCAGUGCUAGAAGUUUCGAAAGAGAAUGUCAACGAACAGGACUCGGGGCUCUAUCGAUGUGCUCCAUGUCGCAACUGCUCGGCUCUCAACGAAGCAGUGGUGUACCGCCUGGUCGUAUUGCCCGAUUUGUCCCAACUACGAAUCUCAUUAGACUAUGGAAACGCCCCUCAUAUUAGCGGUUCAGGUACUUUAGAGGAUCCAAUUCGGACUGAAGCGCAGCACUUAAAAGCCACGUGUUCUUACAUGGCCUAUCGCGGUUUACGAGGACAAUUUGAAAUAACCCACUCAUACGAAACUGCUAUCCCUAACAGCACUGAGCAUUUCUCACUGGAAACUCAGUUGGGUAGGAAGAAAAUGGAUGUGGUUGAUGAUUAUUAUCGCCUAGUACACACGUUUGUCUUUCAAAAGCCCAGAGCACAAGAAUACUGGGCCUACGUUCGUGCCAGCUGUCAUCUAUCGUUCAGUAAUGUGACACGGGAUCCCCUCGAUAUUUUAGAUGCCUCCCCAAACAUUACUGCAACAAAAAGCAUCUAUUUAACGUAUAAAUUAUCUCGCGGCCCAGUCAUCUUGACUGGCUUCAUGGAAACAAAUCUAACAUCACUGACUGCUGAACUGCAGGGCAAUGAGUAUUUUUCGGUUGACGCUGUCCCCUUUCUGCGACCAAUACGCGAAUCUGAAACCGCUGUCACAGUGAACUACACCAUAUUCAUGGGGUUACCAAUGGGAGCUACAAGAGUGUGGGUUGUUGUUCAUCUGGACGAUGAUUAUCACGCUUACGAUUGUCAUCUGGUGCACAGUACUGAGCUCGACGAUUCUCAUAUGACCACGAACUUGGUGUCUAGCCCAAUCUUUCGAGCGAAUAGAGGCAUCAACUUCUUCCGACAGGAGUACGCCUGCCUGCUAGAGAUUCACACAAUCCUUCUCGUGGUCAGUACAUAUGAAUAUAUGCAAGAUCAAUCAACAGAUGCUCUGGAUGCGAAUCUGAAAUAUAGUGUUGUCACGCGGAUGAAAAAUCAUAACGAAAUGAUGGAGAGAAGGCAUCCAUCUGUGACAAAUGCAACAAUUAAUCUCAAUAAUACUACCACUUUCAGGGCUGCUCGAUUAUCUAUCGUUUGGCAUGCAUCUCUGCAGGUGGGUCAAUCGGCCAGUAUGCUGGGUCUCCAAGCCCCACGCGCAAAUCGGCUACAGUGCUACUACAGUAGAAGCGAUCGAGGUGGGGCAUUUCUACCUAUUCGGGAGUAUCAAACAGAUUACCACGCGUGGAAUGCGUUUAUAUUUCAAAAGCGGUUGUCUAAUGUUCAAUAUGCCCAAUCUGGCACCUACAAGUGCAACACAUCCCAGCCGUGUGUUGGCUGCGUCCCCCUGGUGGGCAUCGUCCCAAGACAGAUGGUCGUCCUUCCAACUGAGUCUGUACUCAGCAUGAAGCUGAGUCUUGAACCCCUUCCGUCGCAUGCUUUGUCAGUUGAACGGUUUGACCAAUACACAGCCGACGGUGUACCAUACUUAGAGAGCGGACAAAAAGCAAUUGUUCAAUGCAUAUACGAGAUUUCACCGAUCGAACGCUUACAGGCAGAACUGACAGUCUCCUUUGAGAUCUUUGAUCCGAACAGAGGACGAACAAAGCACUUGCCUGUGAAGGUGCGUCAGAACGAGACCAAAACAGUCGGUGGAGACACGAAAUUUGCAACUGUAACUUAUAUGAUACAGGCGCCUUAUAUGCACCAAAUUCUAUCACGAAUUGAGUGUCGCUUAACGUACCGUCCCGGUCGAAUAUCGCAUGAUGCGGCUUCACCGGUGGGAAUAAUGCAGAUUGCAAAGUCCAAAGACAUUCUCAUAUUCAUCAGCGAAGCUCCAGACCUAUUCUUUGCUUACGUGGUCACGAAACGGAGAGAAAUCGUGGCUAACUGGAAACCCAUGUCACUGCAGGGAGCAAGCGCAAUUGAGUUCCACAGUUCCAGCUCUGUGAAUGCCAUCGAGGAGGACAUCGACUACUUCCAUUGCAUACAAUCGCUAGGUAUGCCCAAAGGGGUGUCCAAAGUAUGGACAGUGUAUCAGUACGAAAAAAAGUUGGAUUACGAUGAGUGUCGGAUGACGCAAACAAGGCAAUUGAGAAAGGACGAAACGCUGUUCUUGGAACAUCAAGCGCGAAUAGAGGGUGACCUCCGUAAUCUUGUCAACAACACAUACUCCUGCGUACUUCAACCAAGACACAUUGCCAUUAUAUUCAUCAUAUACAAUGCUCUAGAGGAAAAUGCCAAGAUCCAAGAAGCAGAGACACAGAUGAUCAGGUCGCUCCUGUACCACAUAAAUCAAUGGCUGAGUGAACCUCUGAAUCCCGAGCGGCUCAGAAUAAAGGCGCCCGACCAUCUACGUGUUACCUAUGAAGUAAUCAAACUAAACAUCAAGUGGAGGAACGUAGUCGCUAUCGGUAGUCCUUGGAGGAUACUUAUCAGAGACUUUCCCACACCAAACGUGAGCCUUACUAUAUUUUAUCAGAAAAACAAGUAUGAUCGAGGAAUCCCAUGGGCUCAUGUGGUAGGGGGAAUAAACGGGACUUUCGUAGGAUCAAGCAACGCCAGAUUAAAUGAUUCCGGCGUCUACUCCUGCGUCGUUGUCACCGGAUGUGAUGACUGCCGGCUGAAAAAGUGCUUCUUGCCCAGGCGCCUGCUAAUCAUGCCCAACUCGUCCAUGCUGCAAAUGUACCUGCACGAACGCCUAGUUGAGCAAAAGCAAAUGUUCAAUGAUGAACUACCCAGUAAUCGGGUUGGCACUGGACAAACAUUCUACACUUAUUGUGUCUACACAAAACCGAGUAUAUUUAGUUCCGACGAAGAAUUAA